ACAGUUAUUUUUAAUAAAAGUUAAUUUGAGUUUGAUUAUCGAGCAUAUUAACGUAGGAUUAACAAGUAAAAAACCCUUCGUGCGUACUAAAACUACUUAGUAAGAGUUUCACUCAAAAAGUCUACUAUGAAGGCGUUAAUUCAGCGCGUUAUGAACGCCAAAGUUACCGUGAAUGGAGAAGUUGUCAGCAAUAUAGAACAAGGGUUAUGUGUUCUAAUCGGAAUUUCAAAAAAUGAUAACUUGAAGGAUGUGGAAUACAUUGUCCGCAAGAUCCUCAGUGCAAGGUUAUUCAAUGACGACAGUGAGAAACGAUGGAGCAAGAGUGUGGUGGACAAAGGAUUAGAAGUGCUGUGUGUUAGCCAAUUCACCUUAUACAAUACUUGGAAGGGUAACAAGCCCGAUUUUCAUAAUGCAAUGGCGGGUGACGAGUCUAAAAAAUUUUACGAACACUUUUUACAACUUUUAAAAAAAAGUUACAAGUCAGAGAAAAUUAAAGAUGGCGUAUUCGGCGCGUACAUGCAAGUGUCGAUAGAAAACGAUGGCCCCGUCACGGUGAGCAUAGAGUCGCCGGUCAGGGACGAGAACACACUCGCCAAGGAGAACUCUAGGAACCCGCAGAGAGCAAAAGAGAUUACGAAGUGUGAAGGAGAUCUACAAUCAUAGUCAUGAUGUAAGUUAUUAUGUGUAAAUAUGUUAAUUUUAAAAUAAUAUUUACUACAAUAUAGUUAUAAUAAUUA